AACUUUUUACUUUCAUGAUUAUGGAUAAAGAAAACUGUCUAACAAAUAUUUUCCUUUACUCAUGCAUUCACUUGCGAUCAAUGUUAGGAAAGUUUGUAGAAUUGACAAGUUGAGAGAUAGUGAAGGAAAUGGCUGGUCCUAGGAUUGCUCAUGCUACUUUGAAAGGACCAAAUGUUGUGAAGGAGAUAAUCAUUGGAACAGUUCUUGGUUUAGCUGCUGGCACUGUCUGGAAGAUGAAUCAAUGGAACGAAAAGAAAAAAGUCAGGACAUUUUAUGAUUUCCUGGAAAAAGGUGAGAUUGGUGUUGUGGUGGAGGAAGAAUGAAAAUGGUUGUGUUUUCUGCCAAAACACUCCACUUUUUUGUUUUGCAUUUAUUUCUUUCUGCGUUCAAUUGGCUCUUUAUAUGUAUGUGAGAUUACUUGAUCUAAGAUUAAUAAGGAUUUUGUACCAAGGUAGAAAUUUUAGAGUUUUUUUUUUUUUUUUCAUUGCAAAGCUAUUUUCCCCAAGCUGCACGAGCGGAGAUGUUUUAAUGUUGUUUUAUCUAUUAAACUUUGCAACUAGUUUUUGCAACUAAUGUAGUGCUUCUAAAGGAUUGCGGAAAGAACAUAUUACGUUGCUCGAUUUUGUUAAACUUUACAAUACAAAGCUCGGUAUUAAUGGAAAAAGUCAGAAGUUAAGGAUUCUGGAAUAUGAAGCUGUCUGUAAUACAACUUAUCUUCAUUACAUCCUUUCAAAUUAGUUGUCUUGUUUCGUAUCAUACUGUUAAUGCCUACCAUAGAUUAUUCCUCUCAUUGGAAACAAAGUGAAUUUAAAGGCUGCUUCAUGAUGGAAUUCUAGCCAUCCUCGGUGUCCAUUCUACGGCGAUGACUGUGAUAAAUUAAAACUUUAAGCGAACGGCAACAUAUUGGAUUGUUGAACAAUAUGCAAAAAUUAAGGAGUUAAUUGACUUGUGAGAAAUACUUUUUAUUUAUAUUUUCUGAUUUUACCCAUGUUUAUAAAAAUGUUCCAGUGACUUCAUUUCAUUAAAGUACAAUCUAAUUUUAAGGACAUUUCAUUUAUAAGUGUUGUUAAUUUACAUUAGAUGGGAAGUUCAAGGGGGCAUUCCUGUUGAUUCACCAAGCUAAAACAAAUUUACAAACUAGAUAUUAAAUAGAAAUAUUUUGAAAUAUGUUACAUUCAUAAAAUUUGGAGGUUGCUACCAGUAAAUGAUCAUGCUUUGCUAAGUUGUCUAAAUCUGAAAAGCACUAAGAUACACAGUAAGGUCAUUGAAGUAUUACUUUUUUCUUGUUGAGUAUGACUUGUUUAUGGAGCUCAUUGCAGGGUGUGGUGUCCUUUUGUGUUGUAGCACUUAUAAUUUUGUUCAGCCUUUUUCUAUAGGUUUGGGACACUGAACUAAAAUUUGGACCAUUAUUAAUGGGAUGAAGAUUGGUUCCGGACCAUUUUUUCUGUUGAUCCAUAAUUUUAACAUCUAUUCAUAAUUAUGCAUUUUAAAAUAUAAAAAAAUAUAUUUU